AAAGGAAGAGGAGGAUCAUGACGGAGGUCCGAGCUGCGGGGACACAGUUAUAGCCGUAAUAACGCGUUUAUCUACACCCGGUUCAACCCACAAGGGCAUAUUACACGCUAUGGGGCCGUUCUAACACAUAUACAAGCUCGGGGCGGUGGAUUUUACCUCUGGAUCGUUUUAUUCUGUGUUGAACCCUGUUUCCCCCAAAGCCCCGGAGCUCCCACCGGCGGCACACAACUGCUGGACCCGCCUCGGAGCGCUUUCUUCUGCCUGUGAUCAGAGCAAGCCUCGGUGUCUCAGCUGGAGCUCUCGUUUUCACUGACGUUUUAUGCUUGUUUUUAUUUUAUUUAACCUAAAUGCCGUGAUAUUUUAUGCAUCGUCACCUGGAGCUAACCUGCUAACGCCUGGAGGACUGACGCAGUUGUAGUUGAGUAAUGCUUCUCUGCUGUGAUUUACGGAGCGCCGCGGACUCUUUGGUACUAAAUAACCGUGGAUAGUAUUUCUCUGACCUCCAAACACUGCACAUCGGAAGGACCGGUGCAGCUGGAGCUGACCUUAAAGGCGAUUUCUCCUCUUCUUCAGAGCUAACGUGCUAACAGCUGCACGGCUAACUCUGCUGUAGCCGCCACAGACUCGCACUCUCCGUGUCUCUGGAGCUGCUGUCUCGGUGUUGUGGCGGACCCACCACACCUCACCCCCUCACUCGCCCCGGCAGCUCAUGGACCCUGGACCUCGUCAAGCAGGACCCGGAGAAGGACCUGGAGCAGGACCCGUUAUGAGUGGUCUUGAGUCCAGCCUGCCACAUUCAGAUCCCCCCUGUCUGAUCGUGGAAGAUUCUCAACCUGACAGUAUCGGGAUAGAAGACGAUCCAGAGACCAGCUACAGAGCCCUGCUGACCAAGAGACUGACCACUCUGCAGCCCCGAGACUCGAGCCCUGUGCUGGAGGUGAUUUCAUCUUCCGUUGGCAGCAGGAGCCAAUCACAGCCUGUGAUCAAUGAAAUGAACCCCACUUUUGAAGAGAGUGAGAUUCUGGACGUCUCUGAGAGGAAGCGUUGCUCUGAGGAGAUGGGCUCUAGAGAAGAAUCUCAGUGUCUGACUCAUGAAGAAGGAGCCUCUCAGUUUGGUUUCUUGGAGCUGAGCCAGAGUCAGGACAUUGGAUCAGAACCCGUCCAGAACGAGACCAGGACUAGACCAGAUGAGUCCAGUGGGUCUCUGGGCCCCAAGACUUCUCCUAAAACUCGGAUAUCUGUGGAGGCCCUCCUUCACUCUCAAGUCCAGGACAAGAAGAACCAGGACCAAGAGGAGAUGAUGUCUUCUCAGGAGGACCUCUUUGAUAAAGCAGACCCAGCUCAGCACAGCUCCACUCCCUCUCGCUCUCUGGCUCUGCUGCAGCUGUCGGGAUGUGUUCAGGGGACGCUCGUGCACAACAGCCUUUCACAAGGCUCUGUGGACUUUGUGGCUCCGACUCCAGAUAACUUCACUCCAGUGAUCAUCCCAAGCUCCCCCACAGAUCUGCCCUCACAUGGUGAUGACCCAAUGGACAGCUCCCUUCCUCCCACUGGCCAAUCAGAGCGCAGAGACAGUGGCCCUGCCUCCUCCACACCUGUGUCCCAGAACACACCUGGGUUUGAGCUGGAGCGCCCCCUAUCUGUGCCAUCGCAGCCUGACUUCUCACAUGACGUGUUUGUACCAACACAAAGCCAAGACAACACAUCUCAUUCCUCUGCACCCUCCAAACCCUCUGCUCCUGCUUCCUCCUCUGCUCCCGCUCCCUCUUCUGCACCAGGAGGCUUCUCUCAGUCCUCCUUAAACUUGUGCAUCAACACAGAAGUGCAGGAGGAAGACGAGGAAGCCACACAGAUCGAGCCGAUGGAUGAAGAAACAACUCCACAGAAACCUGCUUCAAACUCACAAAACUCCCAGAAGCCCUCCACUCACAGUCAAAACAGUGCUCAAAAAAACAGUGACCCAGAUCAGGCAGAGAAGAGUCAAAGUAGCAUCAUCCGGUUAAGCCAAGAAGCGAAAAGCCAACAAGAAAAGCCAAAACAAAGACCAAAAUCGAACCCCAACAGCCAGGAAUGUCAGAUGCUGAAUGUAAAUGAAAAGAGUGCAACCAAUACGAGUCAAGGUAGUGCUAAAGCUAACAGCCAACCUACCCCAGAGUCUGCUGCAGGGUCCCUGAUCAAAGUUUUGAAUGUAGAUUGUGAGAAAACUGCAAGAAAUGUAAGCCUAGUCAGUACUAAAGCGAACAGCCAGCCUACCGGAUCUGUGGUCAAAGAAUUUAACGUAGAUUAUGAAAAAAUUACGAAAAGUUUAAGCCAAUGCAGGACUAAAGCUAACGGCCAACCUACCAAAUCCGUAACAGACAUGAUUGUAAAUGAAGCAGUGUUAGAUCAGCCCCAGGCUAAACUAAAGAAUGUAGAUCAUAACCAAAAGAGUCAAGGUAGCACUAAAGCUAACAGCCAAACUAUCGGAUCCGUAGAGGAGAUAGUCAUAGCAUCCCAGAGUCAAAGGUCAAAUGGAAAUGGUAAACUUUCACCUCAGAAGAUGAGUGGAAGCCCGAGUAAAAAUCAGAUCACUGAAGAAGCAGAAGAAACUGAGAAGGGGGAGACUUUUGGCCUGGUGCUGUCUCAGAGUGAGAUGUUGACUCACGGAGGAGGAGGUGGUGAUGGAGGAGAAAAAAUGGUCUCAGAUAGAAAAGACAAGAGAGAGGCAUCUGGAGGGAAGAGUUUGGAUAGCUCUGGAGACAUUUCCUUCCACUUCACGCUGCCUAAAGAGGGUGAGCUGAUUGGUCCGUCAGUCAGUGCCACACCCCCUCAGAUCAGCCAAUUAAAGCAGUCGCUCAGACACAGCACACCCAUUGAGAUGAACUUGCUCUCUCAGAACUCCGACGUCUCUGCAGGAAGUGACAUCAUGGCAGAGGGCAGUGAUGUUACAGUAGAAGGGGCUGAUGGGAAACUAAGUCUGAGGAUGAAGCCGGCGACUCCAGUGGAAGAGGGCAGCAGCGAGCGCUUCAGUCUGCAGAGACCGUCCCUCGGAGAAGACGUCUCUGCUGGUCCCACGUCCAAGAGUGUGCACAGUCCGUCUGUGUUCAGCCGCAUCCGACAGGUGCACCGCACGCCUGCCGACAACACCUGCCCGCUCAGAAGUCCUCUGUUCACGUCAGCUCAGAGAAACACCAAUCAGAGUAACAGCCUCCCCAACAGCCAAUCAGACCCCUCCAUGCAGGAAGUGACAUCGCACGCUCACUCCUCCACAGCCAAUGAAAAUGGAGGAAAGAAUCUGUCCCAGAAUGCACCUGGAACAGCCAACAGCCUUGAUAAGACUGACCCAGAGACCCCGCUCCCACGCAGAACAGGCCCUGCCCACCGCCGACAUGUGCGCACCAUCCAGGAAGUUCGCACAACGGUCACACGCAUCAUCACUGACGUGUACUACGAAGACGGCAAAGAGGUGGACCGGACCGUGACCCAGGAGUCUGAUGAGCCGGUGGUGCAGUUCCAGGUGAUGGAUGUGUCUCCUAGUCGCACUGGGAACAGCUCCGUGACCUCUGGUGACCUUGCGGACAUCAGCUCCUCUAUCUGCACUACAGGGACCACCUCCAGCUCCGGCACUGGGCCCACUUCCACCGAGAGGCCCAAGUUCCUCCCUCCGCCUAACAGAGGGGUCAAAACCAACAGGAGAGCUGGCCGCGGUGGAGGAGGAGAAGGAGGGGGCAGACAAAGGAGGAGCUCUGGGUCUGGUUCUGUCAGUCCCAGAGGUAAAGCCAGAAGAGGGCGCCCCCCGUCUCGCUCCUCCCCCCACAAAGCGCCCCCAGCAGUCUCAGACCCGGUCUCCCAGGUCUCAGACUUGGCCGGGUCUUCCCCUGAUCCCCAGUCCUCUUCUGGGUCCAGCUUUGUGGGUCUUCGUGUUGUGGCAAAGUGGUCCUCAAACGGGUACUUUUACUCUGGGAGGAUCAUCCAGGACUUUGGAGUCCAGCCGGGCCCAGGGUCUGGGUCCAGUCCUGGGUCUGGACCAGGUGAAAACCGGUUCAGGCUCCGGUUUGACGACGGCUACGAGUGUGAACUGUGGGCCCGAGACAUCCUCCUGUGCGACCCUAUACCUCUGGAGACCGAAGUGACCGCUCUGAACCAGGAUCAGACCUACUGCACAGGUGUGGUCAUGGCCCAUAAGCUAGAGGGCUCUGAGCUGCAGUACUGUGUGGAGAGAGGAGACCAUAGGCUGUGGUUCCCCCGGAGCUCUGUGAUCCUAAGUCUGGAUCAAGGGAAUCGCCUCAGGGACAAGCACAGUCUGGGACCCUACCAGCCCCCUCCAGCCCUGGGCAAGGCCGCUGACAUCAGCCUGGAUAACCUGGUGGAGGGGAAGAGGAAGCGCCGAGGGGCUCAGUCUGGUCUGGCCACGCCCACCCGAUCCCCCCGAGCCCCUCGCUCCAAACCUGGUCCAAGUCCUGGUCCAAACCCUGGCUCAAAAAGGAAACUGGGCUCUGAUGGGACACCUGCAGCCAAGAGGGGGCGCCGUGGAGCCGUUCACCAGGUAACAGCGCUCAACACCUCAGACAGUGACCCACCCCUAGUGUCAUGUGACCACGCCCCUGGAGCAUGUGAUGCGUCAUGUGACCUGACUGCCACCCAUGGGCCACGCCCCCAAAACACCACGCUGUUCGAGAACUUUGUGUUCCUCUUGACAUCAUCAUCAGAGAGAGACAGACUCAGCAACAGACAAGACAAUGAAGAGCUGGUGCAGACCGGUCCUUAUAAUAAACUUUACACAGAAUCUCAGCUGCAGAGUGGAGGAGGCACCGUUCUGAAGGAAUUCAAUCAUCAGCAGUGUGAGGCAGCAUUCCAGAGCCUUCUAAUUGCUGACCAGCACUGUUGUAACCGGCCGUAUCUGCUGUGUGUGGUCAGUGGGGUGCCAUGUGUGUCUCAUCUGUGGGUCAGAGACUGCUGCCGAGAGAACACCCUCCUCAACUACAGGAACUACCUCCUACCUGCGGGAGCGGGGCCGGGGGGCGGAGUCAGGGAGUGGCGUCCACACCGCAGUCCCUUUAAGUCCCUCAGAGUCCUGCUUUUGCUCAAAGACCAGGUUGAGUUCUGGUCUGAAUUGGUUGAACUCGGAGGUGGCACUGCCCUGGUCCGGUCCCCCGAAGACCACACAGAGCUCCACACUGGCUCAGCUGAUGUGUUGGUGUUGGAACCAGGUCUAGACCCGGCUCCAGUCUCUGGUUCGGACUUGCCCCAGGUCUCGGUGGACUGGAUCAUUGACUGUGUGGUCUGUGGAGAGACACUGGACUUCUCUGGCUCUUCGUUUGGACUGGACUUGUCCUCGUCUUCAUCGUCUUAAACGAGAGCAUGAAGCUGCUGUUGUAAAUAUUUGAAUAAACCUGUUUUAAAGUGAAA